CUCCCUCGGAGUCUGGAGAGCGGCUGGAGCCAGGCGGGAGCGCGAGGUGCAGGGGGCCGGUGGCGGGAGGCGGGCGAGCCGCGGGAAGCAGGCACCAUGGUGUUGUCGGUGCCUGUGAUCGCGCUGGGCGCCACGCUGGGCACGGCCACUAGCAUCCUUGCGCUGUGCGGGGUCACCUGCCUGUGCAGGCAUAUGCACCCCAAGAAGAGGUUUCUGCCUCGGGACCACGAGCCUGACCCGGAGAAGGCGAGGCCCGGUGUGCUAGAGCCAGCCCAACAGUUCAACAUUAAAAAAUCCACGGAGCCUGUCCAGCCUCGGCCUCUCCUUAAGUUCCCGGACAUCUAUGGUCCCCGGCCAGCCGUGACAGCCCCAGAAGUCAUCAACUAUGCAGACUACACUCUGGGGUCCAUAGAGGAGUCUGCUGCGCCUGCCAGCCCCCAGGCCCAGAGUGACAGUCGCCUCAAGAGGCAGGUCACAGAGGAGCUGUUCAUCCUUCCUCAGAAUGGUGUGGUGGAGGAUGUCUGUGUUAUGGAGACCUGGAACCCAGAGAAGGCUGCCAGCUGGAACCAGGCCCCCAAACUCCACUUCCGCCUGGACUAUGACCAGAAGAAGGCUGAGUUAUUUGUGACUAGCCUGGAAGCUGUCACCAGUGACCACGAAGGAGGCUGUGACUGCUACAUCCAAGGCAGCGUGGCUAUCAAGACUGGCUCCGUGGAGGCACAGACGGCUCUGAAGAAACGUCAGCUGCACACAACCUGGGAGGAGGGCCUGGCCUUGCCCCUGGGUGAGGAGGAGCUUCCCAAAGCCACCCUGACGCUCACUCUUCGGACCUGUGACCGCUUCUCACGCCACAGUGUGAUUGGGGAACUCUGCCUGGGCCUGGAUGGAACAUCUGUUCCCCUGGGAGUGGCACAGUGGGGUGAGCUGAAGACCACAGCAAAGGAGCCAUCUGCAGGGACUGGGGAGGUCCUUCUGUCAAUCAGCUACCUCCCAGCUGCCAAUCGCCUCCUGGUGGUGCUGAUCAAAGCCAAGAACCUCCACUCCAACCAAUCCAAGGAGCUUCUGGGCAAGGAUGUCUCUGUCAAGGUGACCUUGAAGCACCAGGCUCAGAAGCUGAAGAAGAAACAGACAAAAAGAGCCAAGCACAAGAUCAACCCUGUGUGGAACGAGAUGAUCAUGUUUGAGCUACCGGAUGACCUGCUUCGGGCUUCUAGUGUGGAGCUGGAGGUGCUGGGCCAGGGCGAGGAGGGGCCGAGCUUUGAGCUGGGCCACUGCAGCCUUGGCCUGCAUGCCUCAGGCUCCGAGCGCAGCCACUGGGAGGAGAUGCUGAAGAACCCGCGCCGGCAGAUCGCCAUGUGGCACCAGCUGCACCUGUAGUCAGCCCUCAGCCGCUGACAGUCCUUCUGGGACACAGUCAUCCUCCAGCCUCAGCCGUCAGUCAUCCCCUCCUGCCCUGUCCACACGCCUACACCCAAGGACAGAGGCAGAAAUGCUGGCUGGGGCCAGGACCUCAGUCCUCUCUUACUAUAUUCCUAAUACUAAAAAGUGGGCGGGGUCACCAGGACGGUGAGUGUGACUGGCACAUCAGGGUCACUCAGAAUUCCGUGUCUUGCUCAUGUGUGUUAUGGGAAAAGACAUGUGUCAGGUACAUUCUGUGGGCAGUCCUUGCUCACGUCAGUCUAAAGCAGCGGUUCUCAAUCUGUGGGUCGUGACCCCUUUGGCACGCCUCUCUCUCCAAAACUAUUUACAUUGUGAUUCACAACAGUAGCAAACUUACAGUUAUGAAGUAGCAAUGAAAAUAAUCUUAUGGUUGGAGGUCAUCACAACUUGAGAGACUGUAUCAAAGUGUCUCCCGCCGAGCUGACUCCACAGGACAGACUUGUACUUCUCAGUGUGCCUGGGCUUCAGGUCCUCCUGAAGCUCGGAGCUUGGCUAAUUCUGUCUGGCUGUGUGAACGAGGAGGCGGAUGACAACUUUAAAGAGGAAAUGUGGCCGCUUGAAAAUGUGCCUCCUUCCGGUUUGGGGGACACGUUCCUUCAACUGGGAAACAAGAAGAAGCUAAGUUUGGCUGCCUCUGUUGAUAUUUCCAACAGAUGACCAUCUAGGAAUUAAAUGUAAGUGGCUGCACAAUUCAGGUUGUCAGUCACUUCCUUGCUCCACAGCGCCUCAGUGUGGCCACCUGUAGCACAACACCGAUGUCAUGGGGGCCUGCCAGGCCAACUUCAGAAGGCAAUCAACUAGUUUCUCAGCUGACAUCAAUCUGUCACUGCUCACCUCAUAUAGUUCCUAGCUCCUCUCAUGACAGUACUUUCUCUCCAAAAUUUCCUCUGUAAAUUACUCAGAGAUGUGAGAACACUGAACCGAAAACCUUCAGUGACCUUUGACACUGGCUUAGCUUGCUUCCAGCCAUGCUUGUAAGUCGCCUCUGAAUCAAUGAGCAACCCUGAAUCUGCGUGAACAUGUGGGAUCAGUUCAUGUUAGGGGAAAGAACCUAAGCCUUUGUCAGGGGGCAUUUUCUAGCAAGAGGCAGAAAUAAAUCGAGAGGCACUUUCAGGCUAGGCUGCUGCUGGGCUGUUAGUGUGUGAGUUCCCACAGUCCUCUGUGAACCCCCUCCCACCCUCACUAGGUGUCUACUUGUCUGCAUUUGCCCACCAAGACCUUGCAUGUGUCUGUCCAUUCUGACUAGAGAUGACUCCAGGGCGGCCACCAGCACACCCCCUUAGUGGAAGCAGCAGAUAGAAGAAGCCGGGAGAGGAGCUCAGCUCAGCUGCUCUCGGAUGUCAGCCAGCCCAGUGGGAGGCGCCAGUGUCUGGACUGAGGUGGCAACCUUUGGAGUGUCUCUGCCCUUGGUGUUUCCUGUUAGAUGUUGUUAGAUGGUCCCAAAUCAAAGCACAAAAAGACGCAUGAGACAUUGUGGUCACAUGCCUGGUUACAAUUUGGAGCACAAAUCUUACAGUGGUAAAUAAAUCAUUUCCAAUGGGGUUGGCAGCCCAGUGUUUCUCUUUGUUCCUUUUCCUUAAUAUUUUAGAUGUAUAAAAUUUAGGGGGGGGAAAAGCGUGUGCAUUAAGCACCCAUGGACCUCUGCCAACUUCACUAAACAUUGAGGACUAUAGUCGAGUUCCCCACUAGUGCUGGGACCAGGCUCUUGCAUUCUGGUUUGUUAGCCCCAGCAUUCCUUUAGAUUUUUGCUAUAUGAUCAUGUGACUCCUGAGCACUAGAGAGUAUCUGUCUGUUUCUAAGCUUUGCACCACACUAUUUUUGUUCGACAUUAAAAUUCUAAGCUUCAUGCAGA